CCAUAGCAACAGCAACACAAAGAACUAGUACACGUCCAACACUGAGACUUGUAUUUCAAACUUUACUUGUUGGUCACAAAGCUUCUUACACAGACACAUUUUGUCUUAUUAUUGAAUAUACAGUAUAAAUGUUGACAUUGGUACUAUAUGAGCACAUGUCACAGUAGUCAUUUGGCAACAUGAGUUUAUAGUUCUGUACUGCAUCAUACUGAGAAGUGUUUGGAAUUCUGUGAAUCUUUCAUGUAACUAAUUAAAUCACUAACAUAUUGCAAACAAUUGUUAGUACGAUGCAGUACAAGCACAAUAAUCACAAUAAUGAGGUUAUCAUUUCCAUGAAGAAAAUGAUGUCCGGUUUAAACAACAGGGGCCCACGAAGAGAUCCCUGUGGGACGCCACAUGUGAUGCAACAACAAGUGCUCGGUCAAAACGGACUUAGUCAUAAAAGCUUAAAAUUGUCACAAUCGUUUGUACUGUUAAAAUGAGCAUUUGUGCUGUCGUAGUUUUUGGUUCAGUAAAGAUUGAAGUGUCCAGCGAUGACGCCAUCAGCAAUUUGUGCGGCUUUUGUUUUUGAGUUAUUACACAUUAUUUUAUACGUCAAUUAAAGUUCUCUUAUCAACCCAUCUGCUCUAAAAUAUAGAUGCAAUCUUUUGUUCCAUAAAAAUGAUUGUUGUGAUUUUUUUUUUUUUUUAAUUCUAAAAGCAUCCAGCGAUGACAUCACCAAGUGCACUCAGCUGCCCCAAUUGCUCCAAAUGAAACCAAAAUAGUCACAAUCAUUUGUGCUGUUAAAAUGCUCAUUUGUGCUGUUUGAGUUUUUACAGAUUGCUAUCGGUCAAAUUUCACCCAGAACCCCAUUUGGACAAAAAAAAAAAAAAAAAUCGCAAUUGUUUGUGCUGUAAAAAUUAUCGUUUGUGCUGCUCUACUACCAAAAUAAUCUAAUUCUUUGCUGUGUUUGCAACUAAUUGAGCAAAAAUGGUGUCGCAACUGUCAUGACCUUCUUACCUGAUCAUAACUUGUCUUGCGAUUGGCUAAGAAGUUUUGAUAAUGGCCUUCAUUCAAGCUGGGAGGAGUCGAGGGGAAAGGAAAGUGGAAAAGGGGUUCAGGAAGUGCUGUCACAGGGGGCGAGGCAGACAGCUGCUAUAAAACCUGACAUGAAGUCUGCACACGGCAACACACAAGAGGACACAUUGAAGGUUUCAGCACACUGCAGGUGCUGUUUGUUGCAGAUGUACCCGUGUGGCUCUCUGCUCUUCUUCUGUCUGCUGGCCAUCACUGUUAACCAACACUUCGCUGACCAGAGCACCCUCCAACAGCAUGUAGACCGGUCCAGGACGGCCACUGGGCCACAAGUGCGUGGAUCAAAGUUGGGUGUGAAGAUGGAGAGCGACAUCAUGGAGCUAAAGAGGAGGAGGAGUUUUCCAGUCAGCGUCUCCCCUUUAGACCGUCUGUCCAUAGGCGCCGUGGCCAGCAAGCACGCAUCAAGCAGCCAAGUGAUUGAGUUGCCAAGGCGACGGCUCCGGCUGCCUCCCAUCGACAGGAUCGGCAUGCGUCAUCUGCCAAACAGGAGGGGAUAGGCCACACCCACUCCCUCAGGGCACACCCCCUCAGGACAGCCACCUCUGAGCCACGCCUACCAGCUGUUAAUCAACCAUCCCACGCAAGUCUGUUUUUAUACUUUAAUUGUUCAAAAAGUGCCCUUCAAAAGUGUUUUUGCUAAUAUUGAAUAAAAGGCAUUCUUAAUAUUAUUGUUAGUGUUAGAUGUGUGUCAUUACUACUCAACAGUUUUAAAUAAAAACAUCCAACAUCCUCUUUUAUGGUUAAUAAAUUCUAAUGUGUGUAAUUGAAGUCAAUAUUACAGUCAAGUUGGCUU